AUGAGAGCGUCAGCACCAUUGAGAUCACAGAUGCAAAGUGAAGGAAAGUCAGCAAAUGUUCAUCAUUUGUCAUACAAAGAAAAGAGCAAACCAGACCAUAGUGAUAGAUACCAUGAAGAGCAGCCACGAGACAGAGCUCAGAGACAACAUCGCUGCUGGCAUUGCAAGACUGAUGAGCACUGGGUAGAUCAGUGUAAGCGUAUAAUCUCUAUGGCUGCCCCAGAAAGACUGAAAUUCUUCAAGGAGAAUAGAUGCUGCUUUAGCUGCCUAAAGAAAGCAGGGAAAAACCACUACAUGACAAACUUUAGGAGAAGGCAGAAAUGUUCAGAGCAAGGGUGCACUUACUAUCACCAUCCUUUGUUGCACUUUGAAGCCAGUCAACAGAUGGAAAAUGAGAGCGAGGAAGAAGCUGUUAGUCUGAAAGACCUCGCAGAUCAAUUUCAUAUCCCUAACCUGAACAGAGAUAGUGGGCCAGUGGAGAUCUUGAUUGGAAUAGAUCAUCCAAAAUACAUAGUAGGUGGUAAACUAAAGAAGAGAGGUAACUUCAUAGCAAGAAAGACUCCAUUAGGAUGGGUGAUCUUUGGUGGCACAGAGAAGCGAACCACAUGUGUCCAUGUCCUUCAUGUAGCAGUUCAGAGUCCAGACUUGUCAGAGUUUUGGCGAAAGGAAUCUCAAGGUGUAAGUUGUCAGUGCCAAGAGACUAAAUUGACCAUUGAUGAACAGAAAGAGGAAGAGAUCAUCAGAGCUUCUUCACAGAAGAAAGGAAAGCAGUGGGAAAUUGGCUAUCCAUGGCAAAGGGAUCCUAAUGAACUCCCAGAUAAUAAGAGUCAAGCAGUGAAAAUCCUUGAGUCAACUGAAAAAAGACUAUAUAGAAACCCAGAGCACGCGGAAGCGUACAACAAGCAAAUCCAUGAACUGGAAGAAAUGGGGUUUGCUAAGAAACUCACAGCAGCAGACAUCGAGAAGUAUGAAGGACCAGUUCAUUACAUAAAACAUCAUGCUGUUGUAAGACCAGAAAAAAAGAGCACCCCUAUCAGAAUUGUUUUUAAUUCUUCUGCAUCUUACCAAGGUCAUCGGUUAAAUGAAUACUGGAUGAAAGGUCCAGAUCUCUUGAACAGUAUGGUCGGAGUGCUCUUGAGAUUCAGGGAAAAUGAAGUGGCCUUGUGUGGGGAUAUCUCCAAGAUGUACCAUCGUGUGUCAAUCCCUGAGAGAGAUCAACAUGUCCAUAGGUUCUUAUGGAGAGACAUGGAUGGAAACAGAGAACCUGAUGUCUACAUGAUGAAGGUUGUCACUUUCGGUGACAAACCAGCCCCUGCAAUCGCCCAGAUUGCUCUGAAGCUUACAGCAGAACAAGGAGAGUGUACACAUCCUCAUGCUGCUUCUGUUUUGAAAAGGAAUGUGUAUAUGGAUGACAUAUGCGACUCUGUACAGACUGUAGAUGAAGCCAGGAAACUAAGUGCAGAGAUAGAUGAAGUGUUAAAUGACGGAGGCUUCAAAGUCAAAGGGUGGAUUUCCAAUGAAUCUGAUGUGGGAGACCUCACCCAAGGAAAGAUGAAAUUACUAGAUGACAUAGCUGAGGAGAAGGUCCUAGGAGUAGUUUGGGACAGAGAAAAUGACACCUUCUCUUACAAAGUAAAGCUGAGAGACAGUGUACUGAAUUCAAGAUUAGAUGGAGAGAGUCAAAAAAGAUUAACCAAGAGAAAAAUCCUAGGUCAAAUCGCCCACAUAUAUGACCCCCUAGGAUUUGCUGCCCCAGUGAUUGUAAGAGCCAAGAUAGGGAUGCAGAAAUUGUGGCAAAGAGGCUACAACUGGGACGAUCCUCUUACUGAAGAAGAAGAUGCGGACUGGAGGCUUCUGUUCGAGGAAAUGAAAGGAUUGAAUGAAGUAUCUCUCGAAAGAUGUCUAACACCUCCUGAAGCUCAAGGUUAA